GGUAGGAACGAAAAUGAAAUUACAAUAAUAUGGCGACCCGAUUUCGCAUUUCAUUUCCCUAUCUAUUUUGUUUCGUAAAUAUCUCUUUUGCCGCUACAAAUGCUACCAUCAUCCACUGUCCUAUCCCUCGCCGGCGCCGGCGUGCCGGCGACGUUUUCCGGCAAACUGGGUCACCGCGAAUCCAAGUUUGCCGCCAGACCCAGAAAGGUUCUCAAAUGUUCGUGCAUAAAGGGGUUUCCUUUACAUCAACACACCAUCUAUGGUUUGAGUUCGAAGAAGAGAAACUCACUUUCCAGCUUCGCAUUCGGUAAAAAAGCAGAGGAUAGCUUUUUCUCGGAUGUAAAUGAAGACACUGAUGAAAUGUAUGACGACUUAAUUAAUAAUUAUGGAAAAGUGGUAUUUAGUAGAAAAGACAAAAAGCCUGCUAGUGCAGAGAUUGAUGAUGAUGCUGAAAGCCUGUCAUUUGCUGUGGAAUUAGCCACGGUUGCAAGUGAGGUUAAGGCAGGAGAUAUAAAGGUCUUGUUUGUGAAGCCACUUGUUUACUGGACUCGAUUUUUUAUCAUAGCUACUGCAUUUUCUCGUCCCCAGAUUGAUGCUAUCGGGUCCAGAAUUAGAGAUCGAGCUGAGAAGAAAUAUGGAAAAAUUCCAACUGGAGACACAAAACCCAACUCGUGGACCCUGUUGGACUUUGGUGAUGUAGUUGUCCACAUCUUCCUUCCUUCACAGAGAGCUUUCUACAAUUUGGAAGAGUUUUAUGGUAAUGCAACACCAGUAGAGCUUCCUUUUGAAAAUCAACCACCACCAUUUCGCAGUUGACAGCACCUUUGGUUUGUCGGUAAAUGAAAAAACUCGAGAUGAUGUAGACAGUUGAUGAACAGCUUUGAAGGCCAUUAAUCACUGCCAGCUAUGGUUUGUUUGCAUGACUAUGAUGUAAACAUUCCAAUGUGCUUAUCAGCACUUGUCUUUGAGCUUUCAUUCAGCUGGGAUGGGAGUGGAGAAUCAUUCAAUGGGGGAGCAAAAAGGGUACAACAUCAUUGCAUUCAGUAGUUCUUUUCUGGAUGAAUUUGUACAUUAGGGUGGUAAUUCCUCUCAAAAAACUGUAACAAAUGGGAAUAGAGAUAAUUUUUUAUUGUCAUAAAUUUGGUUUCAACUAGUUUAAUAUCAGGUAGUGUUUGUGAAAUCUUGUAUAUUUUUUUCUUCUACAUUUACAACAAAAGAGAAAAGAAGGGGACACAAGAAAACUUUUGAUUCAAAGGAACUUUUUACAGUUUUUUUUUCUUUUUC